AUGUUUCGUUCUUAUGCAUUCGUGUCCACUCUUUUAGCUCGUAACGUAAAAACAAGCCGCUACACUAUAGAUGGUUCCACGAUCACUAUUGAUACAGAUAAAGAUUAUAAUUCAAUAACAUAUAAAAAAUCUGAAGAACUUCAUACAUCUGGGGUUACUAAAGCUAUUAUUACGGUCAAUGGAUGGACAAAUAAAGCAUUAGAUUCAAAUCCUCUGUUUUAUUAUAUGCAAGAAGUAACAUUUCAAGGCAAUGAUAAUAUUUCAGUUGGUCCAUUAUUUAGUAGUAAUCUAUUCAUACGCAGUGUUUCAUUUAAAACACCGAAUAUUGAAAAAAUUUCAGAUUAUUGUUUUUCAAAUUCAUCAAUUGAAAAUGUUGAUAUUGCCCUUGUAAAAAACAUCGGUUUGGGAUGCUUUAUUGGUUGCACAAACCUUAAAGAAAUUAAUUCUCCAAAACUUCAAAUUAUCCCUGAAAAUUUCGCAAGUUUUUGUUUCAGUUUAACAACUGUUGAUAUAUCAGGAGCCACACAAAUAAAUGAUUAUGCUUUUGCAUAUUCUGGAGUCACGACAAUCACACUUCCCCAAACAAUAAACUUAAUUGGUUUUGGUGCAUUCAAAUGUUCAUCACUUUCCAGUAUCACAUUUCCAAACACUGUCACAGGAGGUAGCUUAACUAUCUGUGAACUUGCUUUUCUUUCUACUCCUCUUGAAUCAGUCAAUAUCCCUGAAUAUGUUCAGUUUAAAGAUGACGAGAUUUCGAAUGAAGGAUAUUUCAGUGAAUCUCUCAAUCUCAAAACAAUAAAUAUUUUUUCAAGAGACAUUCCAGCAGACUUUGCAAGGAACUGUUUGAAUUUAGAAACACUUACUGCUCCUAAUUGUUUAUCUAUUGGUGAUUUCGCAUUUUUACAUUGUGAAUCUCUUGAAACUAUCACAUUGAGUUCGAAUAUUGCAAGUUUUGGUAAAGCAGCAUUUGCUUAUUGCUAUAAAAUGAACUAUCAAUUACCAAACAAUGCAAUUUCUAUUGGUGAUUAUUCAUUUAUAUAUUGCAAUAAUCUCAAACAAGAAGUAGCAUAUAAUUUGUGGACAUUAGGAAAGAAUUCAUUCACUGGUUGCAGCGGAAUUACACAACUCAGACUUAAUUGUUCUUUGAAUAAAGGAAACAGAGGUGUUUAUCAAAAUUGUUAUAACCUGAAAACUCUUUUAGUAGAGACUAUAUAUGUUCCACGAUAUUGUUUUGCUUUUUGUUUAGCUCUUACAAAAGUCGAUUUCGCUAUAAAUUCUACAGUAUGUGACUUUUAUUCAUUUUUGCAUACUGGUCCUAUUGAAUAUAUCAACACAUCGCUAGUAUUUUCUCUCAACUAUGCAUUCAUGUAUUCACAAGUCAAAACAGUUUAUUGUUAUGGAUUGAACAAUAAUAACAAUUCAAAUUUGGCAUUUGCGCAUGAUAAAGCACUUACAUUAGCAGUAAUUUGCUAUGAUGCAGCAUUAAGUUUUCCCGCUGUUGCUUUCAUUAAUUGCACAAAUAUCCACUUUGAGUUUCGUGUAAAUACACGUUUUAAAAUUGUAGAUAAUGCUAUUUGUUAUGUAGAUGAUUAUGAUGACAAGUAUCUAUUCAUAUUUCUUCCUGAAUUUGAUCGAAAGACAGUGGAAAUUAGUGACACAAAGUAUUAUAGUUUGGAAGAUUUCUUCUUAGGAGCGAAUACUAAUAUUGAGAAAUUAAUUAUUGAUCAGCCUGAAAUUCUAUUACAAAAUAACGCAUUUUCAAAAUGUCUUUCCGUGAAAGAAAUCAUAAUCAAAAGAUUUAGAAACAAAGAUAUUGAUUACCUUGCAUGUUGGGAUUGUUAUUCACUUGAAAGAAUUGAGUGGCCAGAUGAAGGAUUCCUUGAUAUCAUGCCUCAUUUCUUUCAGGGUUGCACAAGACUCAAAUACAUUAAAAUGCCAACAACAUGUAGAUCUAUUGGUUUCCAGUCAUUUCAAUAUUGUACAGCAUUAAAUGAUUUGGAUAUUUCACGGGUUGAUUUAAUUGCAUCAUAUGCUUUUUAUGGUUGCUCAUCGCUGACAAAUAUAAAAAUAUCUAAGACAUUAAAAUAUAUCGACACUUGUGCUUUCGGUGGAUGUCCUAUUAAGUCAUUUACUGUCCCAGAUACAUGUCAAUUUAUAGACGAAUAUGCAUUUUCGAAUAUGAAAUAUCUAAAGAAACUUGAAAUAGGAAAAAGUUGUUUAUAUAUCUAUCCUAGAAUUGUUUAUCAAUCAAAUGUCGAAACCAUUAUUUUGCCGAAAACGUGUCUUAAAAUUGCUGAAGAUGCUUUUGAUUCUGCUCCUUAUGCAAAAGUUUCAUUCUCUGGAAAGAGUCCUUAUUUCAAAGUCAUUGAUCAUUCUAUUGUAGACAAAAUUUCUGGAAGAUUAAUUUGUACAUUUGGAGCAUUACCAUUGGAUUACAGUAUUCCUGAUGGCGUUGAAUACAUUCCAAGUGGUUCUUUGCGAGGAAACCAAUAUGUUAUUGAUUCACCAUCUGGUAAUUUCCUGAAGGAACCGACAGCAACAAUUUUAAGAAUUUCAGAAACUGUUAGAUAUGGCGUUUUUAACUCUCUUAAAUGGACAUAUGCAGCAUGUACAAAAGGCUCAUACUUCUUUAGCAGCCAAUAUGGUUCUUCAUCUGUUUCAGCAGCUGAUUCUAAUUAUGCAAAUCCAAUAUUAUUUAAUAAUUUUGUUGGCGAAGAUGAUUGCGACAAAUAUGCCAAAAAUAUUCCAAAGGAUUAUCUUUGGUACCAUGAAAAUGAAGAAAUCAAUAAUUCUAUUCGGAGAAAUUUAAUCAUUUCAAUUGUUUUCUUUUGUAUUUUCAUUGUUGCUAUUAUUGUUUUAUAUUUUCUAUAUCCAAGUACUCAUUUCAUGCCUAAAUUGUGUGGAAAAACUAAAGAGGCUAAAAAUGACUUGGAAUGA